UUACUUUCUACAACUUCAAAAUUUGCCCAUUUGUACAUGGAAGAACAGAGGAAGAAGAAAUCCAUGUUGAAACCCAGAUGCACCAAAUGCUUUUCAGUAUUUGCUCAUGCCUUAUGGACCAUUUACUUCCUCAGCCAGCUCCUCAUAUCUGAAGCUCAAACUGCCAAUGCUACUACAGACCCAUCUGAAGUGAGAGCUUUAAACUCUAUUUUCCAGAAAUGGGGUAUCAAGGCUACGGCUAACUGGAACAUCAGUGGGGAACCUUGCAGUGGAUACGCCAUUGACACAACGGAUCUUGACAACAAUGGAGCCUUCAACCCGGGCAUUAAGUGUGAUUGCUCAUAUAACAAUGGCUCCACAUGCCAUAUGACCCAUUUGAAAGUGUAUGCAUUGGAAGUAGUGGGGACAAUUGUAGACGAGCUUAUGAAUCUCACUUACCUCAACAAUUUAAAAGAAGCUUACUGCAAGCCUGAAAAAUCACAUGAGGAAGAUCUGGAUGAGUUUGAGAGUCAAUUGCAGGGUCUGGGAUCACAGCAGUUGGCAGGGGCGAUGGCUGUGGCUGCGGCUGAGUUUCAGAAACUCUGGCUGGAAAUGGGAUUGUAG